GUUUGAAGACGGUGAGGAUUCAUUUAUGUUCAUUUUCUAAUGAAUAAAAAUCAGAAAUUAGUUCGGCUAUGAAGAGAAAAACAAGAUAUUCAGUUGCUUUGGGUAAACACCCGAUUCAUUGGGGAUGCCUACGUCAUGGAAUAAGUAUAGCGACUUUGAACAAAAACUUUGCUGGUGUGAAAAGAGCUUGCACAGAGGGUUGGCCGUUGAAGGAAGAGCAAAACAUUCUACUUGAUAUCAUCCUGGACAACCCAAAAGCGAUGAAGAGGCGAAUGCUGAAAGCAGGUUUUGGACCAAACUAUAAAUUAACAUAUGAUGUUUUGACCUCCGAUGAUGAGGAGAGAAUAAAACAAGGUGAAAGUAUAGAAUUCGGAGGAAUCUGUUCUUUGCUGCAUAUCGCCGCAAGCUUCAUUCGGCCGGGUCCAUUGGAAGUUCUGGUUAAAAUGGGCGCUGAUGUGAAUGCGCUUGAUAACGAGAAGACUCCACUAGAGCAUCUUGUGGAAUAUUGGCCGAUGAAAUGGUGGUCAGCGUCGGUCGACGGAGACAAUAUUUACAGAGCAUUUAAGUUAGGUAUACGUGCCAGUAAGUGCGUUAAUAUCUUAUUGAAAAAUAACGCCACUGAGGGAAUAUUCGGAAAAGAUUACGGACAUGAAAUAUCGUUUUUGCAUUAUCAAGUGGAAAGGGGUGUAUUCCUGAACAACGAGGAAUUUCUGAAGCACGAACAGUUUGAUAUUGAUGUGACUAAUGAAUUUGGGGAAACACCACUGAUGGUCGCGGCAAGGCGUUGUCACGAUGAUAUAGUUAAGAAACUAAUUGAUAAAAACGCCAAAGUUGGUGCAACGGACAACGCUGGUAAUACAGCACUCCACCACGCCGUCGCUACAUCUCGAGAGGAGACAUCACAGAUCGUACUAACAGUGGGAAUUCUCCUUAGCAAAGAAGAUCUGGAUAUUAACCAACAGAACAAUGAAGGAAAUACUGCUGCUCAUAUAAAUACACUGCGUGGAGAUUUCUCCGUCACAAAUAUGCUCCUUCGCAACGGUGCAAACCCAGAUUUAACAAACUCAAGUGGCAAAUCUGUAUUUAGAAUUUACAUCGAAAGUAUGCGAUCCGAUAACCUCAUGUUUAAUCCGGCAAGACCAAUUACUGCAUUCGAUGUUCCAGACGUCGAUCUCCUCUUAGACAAGACAACCUAUACGCGGAUCUUUAUUCCCGAAGAGGGUUCUUCACAACUCAACCGAACCAAUUUUCCAGGAUUUUUCCAGAUGGCCGAAAAUGCCAAGAUAAAGGAGUGCAUAAAAAGAGCGUCGGUGUCUCCUCCACCACUCAAAACAAUCACAAGACAAAUUAUAAUGCGGAGCAUCGUACGACAGCAUAACGUUCAAAAGACAAAGUUGACAUUCGUUGAGAAAUGGAAAAAAUACUACUCGAGGUUCGUUAUCAACCCUCUCGAUGUCAACUCACAUUACGAAUGGGAAAGUCUACUGACCGUCUUUGUGGAAAAUAUGAGAGCAUUUCGUGAACUGAGGAUAAACAAGCUGGAUGCCCUGUUUAGACCAGCUCCAGAUGCGUCAUAUAGAAUACUACGAUGCGAGAGUUCACUCGAGGAGUUUUUGCCAAAGGAACUUCGAGACUUCCUCUUCGAACAAUAUGAGUUUCCUAAACUGGACAAUUACAAAGAGUUCUUUGGAAUAGACAUAGAAUAGAUUGUGAAGAUCGCGAAGCGAAAUAAAAAAUAGUGAAG